GACACAGCCAAUAGCGUUGCUUUGUAUUUCAUUCCUGUCAGAUUUCCAUUUUCCAUUCUAAUUUCAAGUUUGUAAAUCACGAAAGACAAUAUGGGUAUUCUUCGCAUAUUAGAGAUUAUAUUUUUCUUUUAUUUCGCUUCUCACAUUCCUAUCACAAUCUUCAUAGAUUUCCAAGCAUUGCUGCCGACCCAUGUGUAUCCUCAAGCGUUGAAAGAUCUGCUGACAUGGUAUGCAAAUGAUUUUAAAGACCCCAUGAUGUUGGAUCCCCCCGUCUGGUUUAAAUCUUUCAUCUUCUGCGAGGCGUUGGUGCAAACACCUUUCUUUCCCGUUGCUGCCUAUGCUUUCUGGAAAGGGGGCUGCAAGUGGAUCAGGACACCAGCCAUUGUGUACUCCACUCAUGUGGCUACCACGCUGGUCCCCAUCCUAGCACAUAUUCUUUUCUUUCCUUUCCCCACUAAACCUCACCCUGGACCACAGACCAUGCAGGAACGCUUUACCCUCGUGUCUAUCUAUGCCCCUUACCUCCUGGUUCCUCUAAUGAUACUGUUGACAAUGCUCUUCAGUUCCACUUACAAUUCAAAUGGACAGAAAGGAAAGAGCACCCCUAAAACCAAGAAGAUCAAAUGAGACAUUCUGAAAGGACUGUCCUCUCCGUGUGGACCUUAGCAGUAUCAGACCAGUCAAUCUUACCUCAAAGGAUGGUUAUAAAUGGUUAAAGUAUAAAAAGUGAUUUUACUGAAGCACUGAUAGUUUGAUAUAAUAUUAAACUUACUGUUUACUACACUCACUGUUCUCUAUAAUUAUGACAUAUAGCCUAACUAAAACCCAGUGAUGUAUAGUUAAAAAUAGUUCUAUUGAAUCAACCCACUCACUGAUGUUUUCAAAUGCCCUUUCUCAUUUACAAUUUGUAUGUUAUCUGGCUGAUUUUGUACAACCUUUGCCUAAAAUAAACGGAAUUAAUGUAUUUUCAGAAUGAAAGUACAGUC